AUAAUUCAGGGCCGCAUCUUUCUUCGUAUGUGUACAACUGUAGCAACAAUUGAUUCUUCGAGAUCGUCUCUCUUUUCGCGCGCUCUCCAACAUGGCAUCCCGAACAGUAUCACCAGAUUCAUGGCAAGAUGAUAUGGACUCCUCUUCCCAGCGGCCGCCAACGUCAUCCACAAGCGAUUUCUCAGAUCAUUCUUUCCACAGUCGCUCCAAAUCAAGUGCCAAUAUCAAUAGCCCUAAAAGACUGUCGAUGUUUUCGUCUCGCUCAAGAAGCAACACCACCAAUGCACCCGCCCCUUCGCGCCCAUUGCCCGCUGAGUCUCUCAGUUACGGUGAGCCAUCAGUGUCCCCGGUCCCGCAUGACGAAAAGCACGACAAUGUUGCGCGGUCCUUGCUGGUUCGAGGGAGUCGUAUUCUGCGGCGCCAGGGCAGUAAGUUGAACGUGGUUGCUACGACUCUGGAGGAAGAGGAAGAAUUCGGCAAGAGUGCUGCUCGGUUUGAAGUUCCCAAGGUCUUUCAGAGGGUCCCCAAGCUCAAGAGAAAUGAUUCCCAUGACCAACUUAAACGUAUCAUUUCGGAGCCCUAUAACUUUCAUCACGUAACUCACACCAGCUCAAGCCAAUUUCAUGCUCUGGAUAAUACGAGUAAUGUUGAGCUGGUGGACGAGUUUUCCGCAAUCCAGGCAUCUCAAACACCAGAGCCUGGUUUGAAAGGUAUUCGCGCUCAAGCUCUUCGUUCUGACGACUCCCUGGACGAGACUGCGGCCGACUGGCAGCAACGACCAGUUACUUCUCCCACUUCACCUUUGAGAAGGAGCUCUCCAGUAUCUCCGCGCGAACCAAGGUCCCCCGGCAGAAUUGAGAACUUCUCACGCCCGGUUUCCCGUUUGCAGAAACCAUUGCCUCCGUCGCCGUUCAUGACUGCUCCGCCGCGAGCAUCUUCCAGACAAGGUCAAUCGGAAAUACCCGAGCCGACGAGUCUGGCUAUCGAUGAGCUUCUUGGAGUAAACACUCAGCCUAGCAUUCGUGACUAUGAAUAUCCCCAACUGGACAGCGUUUCUUUCCAUAAGGUUUCCUCGUUGGAAGGAAUCGAUCUUGCGGGAAUCUUCCAACCCGAAAGCAGCUCUGCGAUAUCGGGUAGCCAGUAUGAGACUAUUGACGACCCUAGCAUCGAAACUGACGGCAAACCCACAGCAGCUUUCAUUAACAGCUACUUGUCCGAUUUGGAGGAUGUCCCAGAAGAAGAUGAGACGAAAGAAUCGGAUGAGCCUCUUUUGCGUACAUCACGUUUUCUGUCAAUCUCUAGCAGUAUUGGUGACAGAGUCUCAAACGAGGCCCAUCUAUCCGCUGCUCCUGCCCACGAGUCUGUGAUAAUUGUCCAGGAUCCGCAACUGUCUUUUUCGGAAGAGGUUACGUCUCCCACUUUGCCCAACUUCCAGCCGAUACUCCAGGAUUCGCCCGUCUCGCAAGCCAGUGAUACGACAAGACGUACCUCGGCUGUCGGGCUGACCAAUUUACCCAUGACCUGGGAGGAAGAUAUCGACUUCUGUUAUGAGCAUGAGGCUGUGGCAGACUGUGAAUUCGACUGGGGUCGGCUCUCUUCAGAGACGUCGAGGAAUUCGGUACCAGGCACUGUAACAACGCCCUCAGCAGCAAAUCACUUGGUUCCUCAUUACCUACAAGUGAAUCCCUCCAUUUCGACACCAGCAACUCCGGAUUUGGAUCCAGGAUCAGCCCAAUCGAUUCUCACAAGAUCGCAUGACGCUCUAACUCCAUUGAGUGACGGCGCUGCUCAUGCUGAGUUUUUCAACGCCAGCACUGCUGACCUGAAAAAGCUCGAGACAAACGACGAAAAUGAGGUGGCUUAUGAGACAUUUCUUGCUGUCGGAGACGACCCCGAUCGUCAAUUCCAGUAUUACACUCAGGGUUCAUCUCAGUCAACCGACGUGACGCCAUCCCCCAGGAGCAGCUACUCGCAAAUCAGCAAGUAUAACUCUCAAGAAAGCGUCAUCCUAUCCCGCGCGGCAUCAAUUGUGCGAAAACAUCGCUCGUCGACUUCAACAACUAGCGUCCCAGAGUUGACAAACAGUGCGAAUAGUAGCCGCGAGAACACUAUCCGGGAGAGCAUCGAAUCGUUCGAACAUCCCCCGCUAGGUGUCUUGUCCGAAGCUCCUCGACCGGGAUUCUCUAUUCACCGUCCAGUCAAGAGCUUGGGCUUAGAAUUGAGUGCGCUCGCUAAGCUCCGAACUACCAGUAGCAGCGGAAGCAUUCAUGUCGUGGAUGUGCCUUAUCCAUUGGCAUCUCCGACUCAUGAUCGAACAAAAUCUGUGUCUGCUCUCGACCAUCAUGACGAGAACCAGGUAAUACAACAAUCGGCCCAGGGUCUUCCAUUCGCCGUUCGACAAUCAUUGGCGGCGCAAAAGCGGAAAAGCCGAGCUGGAUACUCUCUUUUUCCCACCACGCAAUAAAUCUUUAUGUUCCAACACUACCUGCCAUCUGAGUUGGCAAUACCCUCUCUCUAUAUAUUUGU